AUUCCUAAAUUCAUUAAUUUUAUCAAUAAAAAAAUUAUAGAAUAUUAACUUCUAAGAAUGGGUUAAACAAAAAGUAGACUUAACGACGAAGCAAUUGUUCUUAAAUAAGAAAAGAACUUAAAAGCAUUUGGCAGAGUUGGCAUAUGCGAAACUAAAGGAACAAAGCGUCCUUUAUUGGCAUGUGAAGCUAAGUACUCAGAAUAAGAACCAUAAUACUAUCUAAAUUUAAAACACCCUAACCUCGUCUCUCCUUUAGUUUAUGAUGCUCACUUUAAAGAAUUUUUAAAUUUAAAUGCACAAGGUGUUACUUUUUACUUUGAUUACCUUGAUAUUUCUUUGGAAGAUAUUAUCCAAUCAAGAAAAGUCAGAAAUAGCAUCUUCCCUGAGCAGGAAAUUCUCAAUGUUGGCCUCGCUGUCCUCACAACUCUCUAAUUCCUCAAAUAACAUAAUAUUGAAGGCGGUAAUAUAGAGCCUGCAACAAUAUUUUAUGACAAAGGACAAAUAAAAAUAUACAAUAACUAGCUGAUAUUAGGUAGAUUAGCUUGCUAUUCAAUGAUUGUUAAUUACUUUUAAAGAAAUCCUUUGCCUUCACCUGAAGUGCUUUAUUCUGCAAAAAAAAGAGAAACUGAGCUUGUAGAAAAAUAUAGAUACGAAACAGAUAUAUUCACAUUAGGUUUGUCACUUCUCGAAAUGGCAACAUUAGAAAAAUCAAGCGAAUUAUUCAGAGUAGAUAUUUACUAAAUAAACGUCAAAAAAUUUGAUCAAAGAUUAGCUCUAAUUAAGCAGAGAUAUUCUGAUAAAUUAGUAAAUAUUAUCAAAUAAAUGUUGACUAUGGAUCCUCGUCAUAGACCCUCUUGUGAAAGUUUGAUUGGUCAAAUAAGAACAGGUGUUGUUUCAGUACCUGCACUUGGAUUAUCUAAAAGCAUAGGAACUCGUUCAUAUUCUCUCUAAAGAAGUUCCUCUGGAUCCCUCAACUAAAGUUUCUUAAAUGCUUCAUAAAUUUGUGGAGUCAGAACUAGUGGACCUGUAGUUAUUACUAAUAGCAGAAUCGCAUCAGUAGAAAGAAGAGGAAGUCUAACAGGUGGAAAUAGUUUAGUAACUCCAUCUGGAUCAAGAUUAGUUUAAGGAUAAGUUUCUAACAUAGCUCCAGUUGAAAAUGCAUCUGUUCAGUAAGUUUAGACAGAAAACGGAGAAAUCCAUAACCAUACUGAACAACCUAUUGAACAUGCUUAAAAAUAAUAAGCUGAAUCAAAAGAAAACUCAAUCAGAUCUGUUCCCCUUUCUUAACAUGUUUAAACAGAAGGUGUUUAAAGAAAAUAAAUUGUUCAAAAGCCAUAAAUUAUAACUCAGAAUAUCCCUUCAAACUUUUUACCACACCAAAGAGUCUCUUCAUAAACAUAUAUGACACCACAAACAGUAAGAUAUAUACCAGCUCCAACUUUCUAAACUGCAAACAUCAAUCAAAGAAGUAUUAUUACUACUCCUCCCUAGCAAUAUUUCUCUACCCAUUAGACUCAAUAGAGCACUAAACAAUUACCUCCUCAUCUUCCUAUCUAAUAACCUCCUGUAACAGUUAAUAAUGCUCACGGUAUUUAAAAGCAAGUCAUAACAUAGAGAUUACAAUAUGCAAAUCCUCCUUAAAAUAUUCAAAGCUUUUCUGUUCAUCCAUAAACUACACCCUAUAGAUAAAUUGCAGCAUAACCUUUUAAUUUUACAGGAGUUUAAUAAUUUAAAGGGCCAGUUUAAUAUACUCAUUAAGUGCCUGUUAGCUAUGGUUAUCCCCCUUAUGCAUACCCUUAAGGUUUUGCCCCUAUGCAAUAAUAACCAAAUAUAUCAUCUCCAUAAGUUUAAAGAGAAUAAGUUUAAAACUUACUCCAAAACCAUCAAACUGAAAAUGAAAACAGAAUAUCUUCAUUGGGGUAGAAAGUUUAGGAGUUAGAUGAAAGAGUUAGCAAGAGUAUUGCUAAUUCUGUAAAAGUUACUCAACAACACUACAAUGACGAUAAGCACGAAGAAAUAGCUGAUAAUGUUUGA